AGCGGCAUGACGCUGGAAGUUGCUGUUGGGUUCAGAAAACAAACCAGGAUGGAAGAUCAGGACAGAAUGAGUCAGGCGUCCAGCAUUGCCACAGUCUCCUUUCUGCCAGUUAGAGACAAGUUUCAUGAAAAGGUGCAGACGUUUGGAAAGAGGUGUCAAGCAGUUAAGAGAGACCCGAACUGCCCUGUGGUCAUCAGAGGAUGGCUCUACAAGAGGGACAGCACUGGGUUGAAGUUAUGGAAGAGAAGAUGGUUUGUUCUCUCUAAUUACUGCCUGUAUUAUUAUAAAGACAGUAGAGAAGAAUCCGUGCUGGGCAGUAUUCCUCUUCCCAGCUACAAGAUUCUGUACUGCUCCCCUAGAGAGUGCAGGAACCGUAAAUAUGCAUUCAAGGUUGUCCAUCAGGGAAUGCGCCCAUAUAUUCUUAGUGCUGAUACUCAGGAGGACAUGUUGGGCUGGGUCAGGGCUCUCAGCCAAUCAGCAAGCAUGGAAGCUGAUGAUAUCAUCAACAGACGCUGUGCCAGUUUUCAGGACUUCACUCAGAUGAGGGGUGACACUGAAACUAUGGAGCUCCAGCACACGGCAACAUUUCCAGAGAGGAAUGCCCAGAUUGCAACGAAAUUGACCAGGGUUCAGACAGAACCAAGUCUGCUCGAUCAACACCAGAUGACGCCAGAACUGAGGGGAAGACAUGAGACUAGACAGAGAGCUUCUGAGGAUAUUGAGGGCUUUUUGAAUUUGAGAAAUGCAGAUGAGGAGCCUCUUUCCUUCUUAUUUCCAAAAGCAUCCUUGGGAACGCUUCCUCCAUUUCAGUAUGGGUCACAGUAUCAUGGUUUUACGAGCAGAUCAGAUGUUUUGCCACUGGAUAAUUGCUCAAAUUCUCCCCUGUCACCCUAUAUCUACACAGUGGCCUCAGAGAGAGGACAUCUACCUGACAAGAACUGUGUAUUUGAGUUUCAGACAUGUUCACUGUGCUACUGCUCUAAUUAUCAAACAUCAGAACACGUGACAAUGUGCAAGACAGGGCAAUCUGAUAUCCUCAUGGAAAGAGAAAUACAGCCAAUCAGAGAUCUAGAAAAUGAUACAGAUGUGGUGCUCACUCGUUUGUGUGGUUGUGAUAAAGUACUGCAGUCACUUUCUAUGCAAAUGGCUCAGUUACAGGCAGAUAAGAAAAGUGUAGAGUAUACUUUAGAAAUGAGAUGGCUGGAGAUGGAGGAUGGACUUCAUGGAGAACAAAAAGUAUCUCAGAAGGCUUUGCUUCAAGAGGAACUGGUCACACUGAGAGCCAGAAUAUGUGACGUGUCACUGGAGAUGGAAAGAUCGUGGAGUGAUUAUGAGCGAAUGGAGAGCGAGCUCUCUGUUUUCUAUUCACAUUUACAGCACAUUCUUCACUUUGGAACACCACAGGAGCAGUGUCAGGCACAGAGGCAACUCUGGAUGAUGGAGGAUAUCUUGUGCGGUCUGCGAGUAAAUAAGAACCGCUUUAUGGGCUUACUGGGUCUACAGACACAGGGAGUUCCUCAGCCAGUUUCCUACUUUGAGGGUGAGACAGGAGCUCACAACAUGGACUGUGUGACCGAGAUGCAGCAUCAGGACUUUAUGAAAACUCCCCAGAGCUGUAAGAGAUGGCCCCAAGAGAGCUCUGCCCAUGAGAGCAGGACAACCACUGAACAUGACACCACCGAAUCCCUGCAUGAACCGCUGCGUUUGACGCGUGUUUUGACGACUACUCUUCCAACAGCAUUAAUUGCUGAGCGAAUUUUCGUAGAGGACCCCCCUCCUGAGCUGCAAAUCUCCCAGCAGUCAGGACUCAAGAAUAGCAAGAGGAGCACUCCAAAGAAACCAAGCAGAAUGUUGCAUGAGAUGGCCGAUAAGAACAGAAAUAUUCACUGGGCAGAUGUUUCAGAGGAGAGGCCUCAAAAGAAAUCGGCACAAAAUUCCAACAGUCGGGCCAAAGAUAAGGAACUUUCUACAAUGUCUGAAAGGAAGGGCUGGGCACACCAACAGCAUGAGCUCGAGCCUGGAGCCUUGAGCCUAACAAACUCUGAGUCUGACUGUGAACCUGCCGCGACCAAUCAGAAGCGAGAAACCAAACUCAGACAAAUGGAGCACAGAGUUUUGAGUGCAGCCAGAGAGAAAUUCAUAGACGAUAUUCAUCCGCUGAAACUCAUUACGGCCAAUGAAAAAGAGACAGACAUCAAGAAGUACACGUCAGAUUCGGCUGUUCCACAUGUGAGCAGUGGCUACAGAGGUGAUGGAUGCAAAUCCCAAAACAACAGCAAACUGACGGUCAACUCACUGAUGCCGCAAUGUGAUGAUGCAAGAGUCCACACUGAACUGGAGGACAUGUCAUCACACCAAUCACCUUCCAAUGACAUCAUUGUCAUAGAGAGCCACUCUAUUAAUCACAUUUCAACUCUCACUGUAUUUAAGGGACAUCAGGGAAACAAUCACACAAACAAACCUCAAAAAAAGAACAGAAGUUCUGACCGACAAAAAUUUUCCGUCUCUACUAAUCUGAAAUCAGAAUGUUUUCUGUCAAAUAAACAAUGGUGCGAGUCAGUCCCGGUCUGCGUUCAUGAUCCAAAACCUCAAGUAUCUAUCCCUUCAGUGGAACACCAACAAUCAGACCAAGAAUGCAAUCAAACACUUGCCAGCCAAAUUAUUGAAAACAUCUCAUCAUCUGCACAAAGUAAUUUGUCUGAAACUGUACAUCCAACAAGUGUUUCACAGGAGCCAAAUGUGGAAGAUUGUGUGGAGGAAACCACGUUCUUUAUGGCAAAACUUAAUCAAACUAACGGAAAAGGCUCCAUAAACCUAAAAGAAGUAGGCCUACCCAAUCAACAACCAGACACUCAAACUAAUCAAACAACCACAACAUCUGACAAUCAACUGAUGUGCGCUUCUGAUCAAUCGAAACUAGAGCAUCGCAUCUAUGAGGAAAUUCAGUUUAGUUCACCCAGAUCAAAAGAUGUCAACAGGAAGAGAAAUACUAUCAGUGGAGAUGAAAUACAGUUAUCAAACCUCACCGUACAUGAUGAUCUUGCACCAUCACACUCACUCAAUUACAAAGCUGCCAGUGAAGUUAAUGGCGAGUACAGUACCAUAAAUACAGAGGAAAAAACAUGUCAGGAGGUAUCAAAGAGUAGAACAGGAAGUGAUGUCACAUGCAAGAGAGGGAAAGGGCAGAAGAUUUACAGCUCUAUCACAAAGAGUUCAGUUGUUGUCAACCAUCACGUGCAGGAUUGCAGGCCACGUAUAACCAUGGUAAGCACCAGCCUGUAGAAUGAGAUUGUUUAGAGCAGUGGUUCUCAACUGGCGGUUCACAACCCAAAAAUGGGUUGCAUGUCUGUUCUGUCACAGACAGCAGAGAAAAACAAUGCUGGUCAUUUUUCUACAUCAAGUACUCGAGGGGCAAUGACAUGUACAUAACUAUAUACAUAUAUAAUAACAUUUCUGACAAGCGUCUUUGGCUGCUGCAUUGCGUCUUGUUGUUCCAGUGUAUUGUCUAUUCAUUUUUAUAGGCUGUUAUAAAAUAAUCUGUUACAAAAUGUACAAAAGAUUGCAUAAUCAAAAUAUAAUGCAUCAUAUUUUGUCAUUAUGUGAAGAUUCGCUGCCCAACUCAAUGAAAGAAUAUGCACAACACAUGUCUGUUUGUUCUUCCUUCAGGUUACCGUAGUAAUCUUAAUACGUGCGCACCAGUUUUUUCGUGACUGUCUGAACCAUCUAUUUUCAAAUCUUGGUUGGCUUAACAGGAGACGCCAUAACCAUCGUGUUUUUAAUAUGAGUGUUAAGUUGAAGUUCAGUUUUGACGACGCUGCAUUCUGUUCCAUUUAGCUGCAUUCUGUCUAGCUGAUUGAAACACUCGCCUGCUGUAUAUGCGCUGCUUCAACGCAUUGAGUCCACUGCCACACUCCUGGUGUGUGUGUCUCCAAGUGUUCGCUCCUGUGGGGAAAGCCGCGAUGCUCCUUAUUGUUGUUGCUGUGAUGAUUCAUGAAGCUUCCAUUCAACUCGGAGAGUCAGAAUUUCCACCUUUCAACUGGGGAAAGUGCAACGGAAUGAUACUUUGUCAGACUUCUUACUUGGAAACUCGUGCAGAAAUAUUCAACUCCCCAUUUCGUCGAGAUGCAGGUGUGUCACGCAAACAUGUCGGCACACAGGGCAAGGAGGUUUACAGUCAUUGACAAACAUUCACUUUUUAUUAAAUAAUAUCCAUUAAUGAGUCAAAGUUCUUACAAUAAAUGAUAAUAAAAUGUGUUUAGCAAACAUUUUGCAGAGACAGGUUUUCAAAACAUGGUUACUCUUUUGAUUAUAGUAACGAUAGCAUUGCAGCGUCGUAUAUCAGUUUGGUUGCUAUGAGACGUCUCUGACAAUCAAUGUACCCCUCAAAAUCACAACGUAAUCAAUCUCAAAAUUAAAAAUAAGCUCCCUCUUUGACAUGUUUGUGUUUAGUUAUCAGGUAAUUGUCACUGAAUUUCGAAUUAAGUGAAAAGUCACAUCAUACAUGAUCACCAUUGAUCAUCGUUUUCAUGAUCGAUCAUUGCUGCCACGUCCGAGUACCCGAGAACUCGUGCACAUCCCUACUAAAUACAAAUAAUAAAAUGCAGCUAAACUAAUUGUGCAUAAUUAGGAUAACAAAAUAAACUUCCUUAUCAACAAUUUUCCACUUCUUUUGUUGUUGAUGUUAAAGGCUCUACAACCAAUCAAACCAACAGUAUUUUGGAGCAAAUUCUAAAAGUUUUCCAAAUUAAGCAGAUGCCAACAUGGAGAGAUUAACCCUCAUCCUCAAAAACCAUUAACAAAAAUACAACCCGACUACAUUAAAUAUGGGUCACAUUUGGUAGUUAGUGUUGGGUCACCACUUGAUGUUCAAUAAUAUACAGUCUGAGUUCUGAAGAAAAACUAGUUGAGAAUCCAGUAGUUUAGAAGAUUUGAUGAAAGUGUGAGGGAAAGAGGCAAAAAGACACAAAAAAGAGAUACAUUACAGAUAAUAAAACAGCAGAGAUGAGAAGUGGACAGAUGGUAAAGCAUAAAAUGAAAGGAAUGAAUAAAACAAAAGAACCCAUUUCCAUUCAUUAUAUGCUGAACUGUGUGCAGUUGGAUAUUGUACCAUGUUAUUACAAGAUUACAAGAAAUGCAAGAAAAACUACUUGUCGAAAAGCUGCCAGUUUUUGUUGAGAAUUGGUCACAGACUUGGCAUUUAGGAACAUGAGACUACGUUUUCCAAAAUCUAGCUAAAUUGAGUAAAAAUAAAGUUUUUACAGAAAAGUUAAUUAACUAUUGAGAUUAAAAGUUUAUAAACUGACCUGGACAUUUUACAUUCAUGUUAAACAAAGCAUUAAUCAAUUAUCAGCCAAUUUUAUAUCUGUGUGACUACUACUGUCUAACAUUGUAAUCUCAUGUGUGGAUAAUCGAUGGCUUAUGAUUUCGCCAAGUAGGACAUCGUUGAUGAUCCUGGAACAACAUUUCUACCAACUAUUUGUGUAUUGACCCAUUACGUUUGAUAUUGAAAAACACUCCCUGCUUGGCAAAAUCAGUCACUGUGGCUAAUGGUCUGAAAAUGUUAGAAGUGAUUUUAAUAAAAUAACUUUGUACUUUCAAGUGUCAUAUUCAGAGUUAUGUAAUGCUGCUUUGAUUGUUUUAUCUCAUUAAACUGUUUUUGAA